AUGUGGGACUUGGAAUCAGUUGGGAUUGUGGGAAAUGAGAAUAAUGGUAUGCCCACUCCGGAUGAAGAGAAGGUACUGAAAACCUUUAACAAAGACAUCCUGUUUGAUGGAAACAGAUACGAGGUAAGACUGCCCUGGAAGAAUAGAACCUUGUUGAUGACAAAUGAAGAAGAAGCCUAUGUGCGGCUUGAGAGACUGACCAGAAAGCUGUCAAAGAACCCUCAGUUGAGGGAAAGGUAUGAUUCUGUGUUAGCUGACUUAGAGAAGGAUGGAAUAAUUCAUGAAAUUUCACAGGAUGAACUAGAGACGGAGCAGACAGUUUUCUAUCUCCCACACAGGCCAGUGGUCAGAGAAGAUAGCAUUACAACCAAGGUCAGGCCAGUGUUCGAUGCCUCAGCCAGAGGUAAGAAUGGAAUCUCCUUAAAUGACUGUAUUGAGACGGGUCCAAAUUUGAUUCCAGAGUUAAUUCAAGUGCUUCUACGUUUCAGAAGAUGGAAAUUUGGACUGACGGCAGACAUUCAAAAGGCCUUCCUACAGAUCAAACUCAACAAAGAGGACCAGAAUGUACACCGAUUCCUGUGGGAUGUCAACAAUCAAAUCAGAGUGAUGAGAUUCGACAGAGUCAUCUUUGGAAAUGCUUGUAGCCCCUUUUUAUUGAAUGCAACAUUGAGAUUCCAUCUUGAAAAGUUUGCAGAUUCCAGGACGGUGAGAGAACUCAGAGAAAACCUCUAUGUUGAUGACUGGCUGACAGGAGCGGACACCGAAGAAGAAUUGGUGGAAAUGAUGACAAAAGCAAGGGAAACUUUGGAACAGGGAGGAUUUCCUCUUACAAAAUGGGCAUCAAACAGUUGUAGGGCUAGAGAAGCAACAGGUAAGACAUUCCAUGUAUCCACAGAAGCCACAGGCGCAAAGGUAACUGGAAUCUCAUGGAACACCGUGGAGGACUGCUUCAACUUUGAGACCCUUGAAGUAUCAACAGAGAUGGUGUUGACGAAGAGAAAACUACUGAGCAUCAUUGCCAGAGUUUUUGACCCUCUUGGAAUGCUGACCCCAUACACCAUCACUUUGUAG